AUGGAACAUCUCCGCCUCGAAGACGACGAGAACGAAGAUUGGGAGCAAGCAGAGGGCGUGCCCAAGCUGAGCGAUCAGUUCAUCCAGAAGUACCUCCAGGGCCGGGAUGCCUUAGUCGCACAGGAGAAAAAGCAGAGAAGCGACCGCGUCUUCCGCGAAAACCUCUCCCCCAUGGCUGCCGAAGCCUGCGCCAUAGUCGACCAAAUACGCUUCGAAGAACAGCAGACGCUGUGGACCCGCGAUUACGAGGAAAGCCAAGCAGAAGAAGGUGACAUUUUCCCGGGGAUGAUGUUCAGUCUGGCCAAAGAGCGCAUGGAGGGGAGCACGCUGUGGAAGAUAGUCCGGCGCAUGCCCAAGGGAGCCUUACUGCACUGUCAUCUCGAGGCCAUGGUCGACCUGGAUUGGGCAAUCGCGAAAGCUUUCGACACCGAUGGGAUGCACAUAUACGCGCCGAAGGGCCUGGUGACAGCUGCCGACCGGCUCAAAGCACCGUUUUUCUUCACCUACGCCAAAAGUCUAGCGGCUAGCGACACCUCGAUAUGGACAGAGUCUUACACUGCGGAAUCAUUAGUGCCGCUGGCAGCGGCGGCCGAGAGCUUUCCUGACGGUGGCAAAGAUGGCUUCGUUAACUGGGUUAAAUCACGAUGCACGAUCACCGAAGCCGAGUCCCUCAAACACCACCACGGCAUCAACGAUGUUUGGCAGAAGUUCACGUCUACGUUCCCCAUCCUUGGCAGUCUUCUGUACUACGAACCCAUUUUCCGGCCGUUUGUCCGGAACAUGUGCGAGCAACUACUCGGUGACGGUGUGCGAUGGGUCGAGCUGCGAGCGGCGUUCGUCCAACCAUAUCGUAGGGAAGGUUCCGACGCCGCGGACGAGAGCUACCACGGGAUGUUUCAGGCGCUCGAAGAAGAAGUUAAGAACUUCAAGAACUCCGAGCAAGGGAAGGGCUUCUUUGGUGCCCGAAUGAUCUGGACAACGCUAAGGAGAUUUGACAAGCGGAAAGUCAUUGAGCAUAUGAAGCAAUGCAUCGACAUUAAGCUCGAAUAUCCCGACCUGUUAGCAGGAUACGACCUUGUCGGCCAAGAAGACCUAGGAAGGCCACUGCAAGACCUUACACCAGAGCUGUUCUGGUUCAAGAAGCGGUGCAUAGAGGAAGGAGUCAAUAUUCCGUUCUUCUUUCACGCUGGCGAGACGCUUGGUGACGGCGACGUUACAGACGAGAAUCUCUUCGAUGCAGUUCUUCUCGGUACUCGUCGCAUCGGGCAUGGCUUCUCACUUUUCAAACACCCGCUGCUCAUUGAUAUGGUCAAAGAGAAGAAGAUUCUCAUCGAAAGUUGUCCUGUCUCAAACGAGGUCCUUCGCCUGACUGGCUCCAUUCUUUCACAUCCCCUCCCAGCACUCCUUGCGCGAGGAGUCCCAGUCGCUCUUUGCAAUGACGACCCGGCGAUUCUCGGACAGGGCACCAACGGUAUGACGCACGACUUUUGGCAGGCAUUGCAAGGCUGGGAGAAUCUAGGCCUGGCAGGUCUAGGGUCGCUCGCGGAGAGCAGCGUACGAUAUGCUAACUACGAAGACCUAUCCGCUAAGGAGUGGACUCAGGAUAUCAAGGACGGGCCUUUCGGGGAGGGUAUCCGCGCGCAGAGACUGAAGGAAUGGACGAGAGAAUGGGAGCGAUUCUGCCAGUGGAUCGUAGAGGAAUAUAGCGUAGAUGAGGAUUUGGAGGCUUUAGAGUAG